AUGGAAUUCCUGAAAUCCGCUGUCGCGUCCGCGAUCGCGAAGGGCAGCUCGCUCCCUUUCUCGCUGGGCGAUCGAGUGGACAUCGGGGAUUCAAUAUGGACACUGCAUAAUGGCACGAAAAGAGACGAUAGCUCUGCUUGCAGCGUCUUCACCUUUGACAUCGCAGCCAACAAAUCGCGGCUACCAUUAGCGAAGAAUGCGGUUCGCAAAUCAAGGACGCUGAGACAUCCGGGUGUAAUAAAGGUUCUGGACACAAUUGAGACGGAAACGAAUCUGUACAUCGUCACCGAGAGGGUUGCGCCCCUGGCCUGGCAGACUAAGCGUCGCAGUCUGAGCGAGGAAACCGCGAAAUGGGGCUUGUACACUAUCUCUUCGACGUUAAAGUUCGUCAAUGAGGACGCUUCCUCCGUGCAUGGUGCCGUGCGCGCAUCUUCGAUAUACACGAGCGAAAGCGGCGAGUGGAAAUUGGGGGGUUUUGAUAUUUUGAGCUCUAUGAAGGAGGACGACGCAAUUAUCUAUGUCAGUCUUUUGGUUCCCAAGACCCUGGAGUUGGACGAGAAUACUGAUAUUCGACAGACUUACGGGAGCUUAGUCCCUGACGGCGGUCGUUAUACCCCUCCGGAAGUCGCCAAGGGAGGCUGGGAUGUCAUUAAGCGCCAUCCUUUGGCGGCAGUCGAUGCCUAUGGACUGGGGGUCCUGAUCUACGAAGUCUUUAACGGGAACUUCUCCGGCGGGGACCAAGUCGGCAAAACUACCAAUAUUCCACCAAGCAUGCACCAGAGCUACAAGCGUCUGUGCACUGCGAACCCUAAGCUUCGCUUGAGCCCGGGGCAUUUCUUGGAGCAGGGAAAGAAGCAUGGUGGAUUCUUCCAGACCCCGUUGAUCCGAAUGUCCGAGGAUGUCGAAAGCUUGGGCUUGAAGAGUGAUGCUGAGAGAGAACAAUUCAUAAACGAGCUGGAUGAAUUGGCGGAUGACUUCCCAGAAGACUUCUUCAAGAUGAAGGUCCUUCCUGAGUUGCUGAAAUCCGUCGAGUUUGGAGGUGGAGGUCCUAAAGUGCUUGGAGCAACCUUGAAAAUUGGAUCCAAGCUCUCGGCUGAUGAAUUCAACGCGAAACUAACACCGGUCAUUGUACGAUUGUUUAGCAACCCCGAUCGUGCUUUGCGUGUGUGCCUAUUGGAUAAUCUGCCGUCGAUGAUUGACAAUCUUCCCCAGAAGGUUGUGAACGACAAGAUCUUCCCUCCAAUGACUUCGGGAUUUACUGAUGUUGCGCCCGUUGUGCGAGAGCAGACAGUCAAGGCUGUCUUGACUGUCAUCAAUAAGUUGAGUGAUCGCGUCAUCAAUGGAGAGCUGCUCAAGUUCUUAGCUCGUACUGCGAAUGACGAACAGCCUGGAAUUCGUACGAAUACCACUAUCUGUCUCGGAAAAAUUGCCAAGAACAUCGGUCAAAGUACCCGUUCAAAGGUCCUCAUAGCUGCGUUCACAAGGGCAAUCCGGGAUCCCUUCGUCCAUGCCAGAAAUGCUGGCCUUCUUGCACUGGGCGCGACGGUCGAGUUCUUCACCGACGAUGAUUGUGCCAGCAAAGUCCUGCCAGCAAUAUGUCCGGCUUUGCUAGAUAAGGAAAAGCUUGUCCGAGACCAGGCGAAUAAGACCCUUGAUUUGUAUCUCCAGCGAGUCCGUAAAACGGCGAGCACCAUGGCAGACACCGUUCUCCCACCCCCGUCGACCGCACCCCAGCCUCAAAAGUCAGAUGUUCAAAUCGGCACAUCAAACGACAAAUCCUGGGCUGGAUGGGCCAUUUCCUCCUUUACCAACAAGAUUGCUGCAGCGGAUGGCGACAUUGCGCCCACUGCCACCGCCACCAAACCUUCCGAGCCGGAAAUCCCUCGUCCUACUUCUCUACCACGCCCAGAAAAGUCAUCACCAUCUGCUCAGCUAGGCCUGCCCAGGCAGCAGCCCCUUCGACCAGUGGCUCAGCCGCUGGGCCGUUCCUUGUCCGACCGUCCCGCGACAGCGGUCCCAGAGCCCGUUGAAGAUGACGGCGAAGACGUCUUCGACGCAUGGGGCGCCAUGGAUGACGACGAAGGAGAAGUCGACCCAUUCACCGCCGCAGUAGCCACCCCCAAGUCAGAAUCUCCCGCUCCUUCCGCAUCAAGGUCGCCUGCGGUGCCGUACGAUGACGGCGGCGAACCCGACUUUGCUGGCUGGCUGGCUGCUAAGAGCCAAGCCAAGACUAAGAACCCGCUUCCGAAGGGCUUGCACAAGGCUUCUUCGACGAACACCGUCCCUACCAGAGCUGCUCCUAAACCUCGAGCUGUGGCUCCUGCGAAGAAGAUCGAUAUCAAACCCAAAGAUGAGGUCCAGGAUGAUGAUUGGGGUGAUGCUUGGGAUUAG